UUAUUUGCCACAAUUUUUGUUAACAUCUGGAAACAGUUUAGUGUGGUUAUACGUGUGCUUGUAAACCCGCCACGAUAUAGGCUGUCAACAUCGAUUCAUGUUGUUUGAUUUAAGGUUGUGGAGCUAAGUUAGCCUAGGAUCAGUAACGUUAGCUUUAAUUCGUGGUAUAUUAUUCAUACGAUCUCUGAAGCCUGUCCUAAUAUUGGGGAAGAGAAAGAUUAAGCCAUGUCUUUCCCGUUUCGAAAAAUCACCGCGCUUGUUAAGAAGUACAGAGCUGGUCUGCUUAUAGCCGGGUGCGGAGCGGCGUUCUCCGUCAACAUACUCUACCACGUGUUUCCAGAUAAUGCUUUCAAAAAAGUGUACCAGGCCUGGAGCAAAGGGGAACCCUCAGAUCUCUCUGAAAAACUGGAGAAGACCUUUCAGGAGGUCCUGACGGAUUUGGGGGUCAGCUCCCCUAAGAAAUACAGUGCCUUCGCUGCCUUCGGCUUUCAGCCAGUGGGGGCUGGGGUGCCCUGGAUGCCUUCAGGAGCUCGGAUAGGCAUCCCCGCUAAUUUCAACAGCACCCUGGACGACUCCACUGGCAUUACGAACCGGGUCAUUCUCAUCAAUGGGAAGGAAGUGGAUUGGGACAGCAGCUCGGGCACCGUCCUCAAGGAUGCCCUGCUGUUCUCCCCACAGGCGCAGAAGUUUGCGGUGGCGCGGGAGGUGGCUCGGCUGGACAGCGGCGGACCUGUGCUCCACGCCACGGUGGCUCCCGCUUGCCUGGCCGGGGUGUGCGUUUAUAGCGUGGCGCUGAAGCAGAUCUUUGGCCUGUACAGCGGGCCAGCACUGAAGCGCGGCGCGGUCAACGUGUUUGCGCUGGCGCUGGGCGCCGUCUCCUACCUGCUCACAUCCGAUGCCGUCUGUCAUUGGAUGGACUACAAGUCCGAUCGGACGGCCGCUAGCGUCUCCCAGGAUUACGCCAAGGGAGGGGUGGAGUUCUAUGACAAGAUCCUCUCCCGCAACAAAACCCUGCGCACACUGAUGGGCCAAAAAGGGGGGGAGACGUACGCACCAAGUGGGAACCUGUUCCCCUCCAGCAUGUUCCGGAUGAAACACGCCUCUUACACCUCCAGGAGGGAGGGUGUUGCCAGCCUUCUGAAGUUGGACAAAGCAUAGGAGGAGCGCUGAUAUACUGUGCCAGGUGCUGUCUGUCUGAGAGAGGCAGGCCUUCAUUGUUCCAUUGGUUGUUUAGGGUUUAUGGUUAUUUAUCAAAUAUACUGCAUAUAAUAUUUACGUGAGGUUCUCAAAAUACCUACAAAGAGAAGGGAUGUCAGGGCACCGUCCACAGACUGUUAGGUGUGUGUUCACCUGGCAGAAACUCUGGCUUGUGCAAUUACAGCAAGAACACGACCCUGGAAAUAUAAAUAUUGCUGAGGCACUGUGGGUAAAAUAUGACUCUGCCCAGCUCUGUGAAACACGCUCUUAGAAGGUUUUUAAAGGUCACAGCGGUGGAGUGAAUCUCACUGCAGCAGUGAUGACUUGUUCUAUUUGACAGAGUGGGAAUGUGUUAAGGCUCAUCAAUAACACAGCUGAUGUUUUAAUGUUUUAAAACACGGACUCUGUCCUUGUGAGCGUGGGUUUGUCUCGCUUUGUCACUGGUCUGUGAGAGUGUGUGCCUCAUUUCCUUGUGGGGUUCUUGAUUGCUGUACUCACACAGCCAUACAAAGUCAAUGUUUUACAAAACACCCAAAGAUCAAAGUGAAGUAAACCUUGAUUUUACAAACAA